AGACUAAAAUAAGGCGAAGUGGCAACCCUCCCCCUCGCCGCCCGCCCCGAAGACCUGCGCGAAAAAAGGCACAAAACAUCCCAACUGUUUUCUGGUCUUGUGGCAGCCUUAUCACCCCUCUCACCUACGGCAGCUUGGAGCGAGGAACGGUGGUGGUGAUCUUGCGAGAUGGAGGUUCUUCAUCAAGAGGAAACUCAGCCUAUGCCAAUGCAGUAUGAACAACAGCCUCCUCCUGUUUACAUGGAGCAACCCAAAAAUCCCAUACAGGGUAUAUUGGCAAACCUCAAUACGAGAGUAUUAAAAGAACCUCGAGGGUUCAUGAAGAUCUUGCAGUUCGUAUUUGGUAUAAGUGCUUUUGCAACAACCACUAGUUUUAGCACAAAAUUCUCAUUUGUGAUGAAUUGUCAGAACAAAACCAUCCCAGUAUCUGGAACUGUAGACUAUCCAUUUGCAGUUGAUUCAAUGAACCAGAAGUUCGAAGUGUGCGAUGGGACCACGCAGAGGUUGUACAUAAGUGGAGACUUUUCUUCUGAUGCAGAAUUCUAUGUGGCAGUCGGAGUGUUAGCCUUCCUCUACAUCAUUGGAGCUGUGGUUCUCUAUUGUUAUUUCAGCCACAUGUAUGAAAACAAUCCUCUUGUGCCACUGGUGGAUUGUGCUUCACACGUUUUGUUUGCCAUCUUGUGGCUGGCAGGAAGCAGUGCUUGGGCCAACAGUCUUACCAACCUAGGAAUGGCUACAAGUGUCAAUAACAUCAUAGAAGAUAAUUCAGACUUCUGUAAACCUAAGAUCUGCGUUGGCGACAGGGAACCCAAUUAUUCAAAGCUAGUCAUAUCUGUGAUUCUUGGAUUCUUGAAUGUGUUCCUGUGGGCAAGCAACCUGUGGUUCCUGUACAAGGAAACUCACUACUUCAAGGCCAAGACGCAGAACCAGGCAGAUGGUACCAACCCCAUGGGAGCUGCUUGAGGUGUGCAGGACAGGAACAUCCAGAGGGAGUUUGGAUCAUAUUGAAGGAGGUGCAUGAGCAUUGUUGGUUACUCAGAAGUGCCCUCUUGUGGUUUCCUAUUUGCCAAACUCAGAUUUAAGCAUCUGACUUUUUUUUUUUUUUUUUUUUUUUAGUAUUAUUGUAUCUUAUCUUUUUGUUUUGUUUUGUUUUGUUUGUCUAGUUCAGCUUCUCAACUUUUUUUAUACAGCAGAUUUGUAUAAUAGCAAUAAAUUAGUGAUUAUUAUUAUUUUUUUUUUUUUUUUUAGGAGAUUUUAUGUACCUGAGUUUGUUGAUAUGCAGUUGAUUAUGUGCAAGAUAUGAAAACGUAAUUUCUAUUCAUAACCUUAUACUCUUCUAAUUUAAUAAGAAUACUUGUUAAGUUUCAUUUGAAGUAUGGACAAUAGAUCUGGAAAUAUUCAAAUAUAUAAAAAAAAGUAUUUUUUCUACCUUAGUAUGUUGUAAAUUAUGGUUUAUCUUCCUUGCUUAAGAAGCACACAGUCAGAAUCACAUAAAAGAAUCAGACUUAAAGCUGACACAGAACCAGUGUAAGUAGUGAGAUAAUAAACUGCAAACUUAAAAGCAUGAUUGUUUUCUAAGGAGUAGGCAUCUGUAUAGGCAGAUCGUCUCUUGAUUAAGAUAUGCAAAUCAGUCAUAUAUUGAUUGCAGCAUCAUUUCAGCCCGAGUGAAUGUGAAAAUAAACAUGCCUUUAAUGUUGCCCUCCCCCCCCACUUAUUUUUUAUUUUUUUUUACUUUGUGUUUGUUAACUGCUGUAUAGUGUAAAAUUCUACCUUUCUCUGUGACCCAAUAUUAGACCAAGAUGUACAACAUUACAGAUAUAUAACAGUUCACAAAAAUUAUAAAUUGUGUGUAUUCAUAAUCAUGCAACUAAAUGAAUACCUAUUGUGAAGACAAUGUUGUCAUUUGUGGUCUUUCAAGUGUGUUUGUAGCUGAUAGUUAUUGUAAUUGUUAGAACACAUUUGUUAUUGAUGUUCCAAUUCAUAAUUCAAUUAUUUCACUUUGAUAUGAGUAUGAUAAUGUGAAAUAAAUGUAUAAGAAUUCAUUAUAUCUUUGCAAUACUGAUCCAUCCAGGACCUACCUGUUUGCCAUAUCUCUUACACAAUUUAUUAUUUGUGAAAAUUGGUGUGUGCUUGCAUCUAUACAGACAUAUGCACUCAUAUUUCCACUUCCAGCAAAAUAGGAGCCCUCAUAUGCAGACUGGUGCUUGUACAUAACUUUUUUACUAAUCCAAAAUCAUGGUUGUGCCAAAACUGCUACAUCUGCAGUCAGCUUUUUGCCACCUCACCAUCACUAGAGGUGUUCCUGUUAUAUAGCGUAGUAGAACACUUACAUUAUGAUUGCAGUUACUAGCUUUGCUCAUACAUUUUGUAUUCUUGGUUGAUUUAGUCCUGUUGCAAAAAGUUCUCUCAGGAAAUAGUUCCAGUAAUAAUGUCUUUGGCUAGAGUACGUAAAUGAUGAUCAUCUGUCAUGUGUAUGUUUGUUCUCAGACAGGAGGAGAGAGUCAAUGCUUUUUUAUGAAAUAAUGUUGUAGAAGAAAGGAUGUAAAUGAUAAGGAUACUUACAGCUUGGGCCAAGCACAUGAGUAAAGGUGGCCAGUUCGUAAGUGUGAUGUUAUAUUUUGUUGCCUUUCUGUGAGUACCAUAACCAGAAAUGCCAAAAUUGGCACUUUUUCUGAUUGCUGACUGUGACACACUGAUAUCUAGCUUGGACUGAAAAGAAGUGAAAGAUACAGAGAAUGGCAGACAAGGAGGCACUGGUUGGAAAAGCAGUGGAAGACCAAAGAAGUUAUUAAUCAAACUGCUCUGUGUGAAUUCCUCAUAUUGAAUGCUGAAAUUAGUUUUGUUAAUAAAGAUAUUUUCUGGUAUAAAUGGUUCAGAAAUUAGUUUUCUCAAAGGAUAUUUUUGUACUUGGUCUCAAUUUCUGGUAAUGUUGAAAUACAUCCAGUGAAGCUGAGUGAUGCAAAGAAGACCACAAUAUUUUUCUGUACUCAAUACCUGUCAAGAGACAAUGUCUGGUUUGCCUGAGUUAUAUUGCAAGUAUUGAAGAGAAUUUAUGCUUUCAUUUUUAUUUCUUUGAAAAAAUUAUGGAAGUUUAUGUAAGUGUUUUGCCUGUAUUACAAAUGAUUAGCCAUAAUGAAUAUAAUAUUUUGCUUUCAGUUAUUUGAUAAAUGAGAUCUUUGCACUCUGGGGAAUGUGUUGGAGCAGUAUCAGAUUACCUAUAAAGACAAACUGUACUAUGUAGCAAAAAAUUAGUGGUAUCAGAAAUAGGAAAAGAAAAAUAUAGGUUAAAGAAAAUUAGAAACAGUGUUGAAUUGGUAUCAUAUCAGUAAAGACUAUUGUUAUAUUUCAAGGCAAGUUGUAAGCAUAACAAAAUAGCAUAGCAUGUAACUGUACUCUUCAUUUUUGUCUGGUAUCCUUGCAAAUUAUUAAUACCAAUUACAUAGAAAAGGUUUUGAAGUACUUGUUUGAAUCAAUUUUAUGCAAGGAGAUUGAAAAAAGUGCUAGAUUGGGUAUAAAGUUAUUUUGUUAUAUUGAAUAUGUAGCUUUUAAUAAAAUGGUAGGAUGAAGGCUGUAUAUAUGAUUUGCUUAUGUUAUGCAUAUGGCUAGUACUUUUAAAUGAACAGAAGUGUUUCAGAGCAUUAAAUUGUUCAUUAAUAAUUCAAUUAGUUAAAUUUGUUUAUGAUCCCGGUACACAUUCUCAGAAGUAUAUAUAGCAAGUCUUUUGUGAGAUCCUUACAGUGUAAUGAAGAACAAUAGUCUAUGCAGUCUUUUUAAUGCUCAACAUAUCUCAGAUUUCCUUUCUUUCUGUCAUUCCUUGGAAGUUGUAUUUAUUGAUUUGAUUUUUUAUGUAUUGCAAUAUUUGUAGUUUCACUUUUUUAUUGCUUCUUAUUAGUCAGUUAUGGUUGAAUGAUUUUAUCGAAUGGAAUGUUUCUCAGAUCAUUUUCAGAAAAUUAGAUCUCCACCCUGCUUUUGCUGACCUUCAUUUUUAUCCAUCACAUUUCAUUAUUAUUGGAUACACAUGAGCAGGCAGCUUGAAUAAUUCAUAGUAUUAUGUCAGUACGAUUUUUUCUGAUUAUUUUGGUUGAUUUUGAAACUGAAAGGUAAUGAUGUAGAUUUUUUUUUUAUAUACAUAUGUGACUGCAACUUGUUACUAUGAGGCUGACUUUUUUAUAGUUAUUCUUGGUUUGUUUACUGACUGCUGGUUGAUAUGACAGUACUGUAAGGACUUAUUUAUAGGAAGUGAGGAUGAAUCACAUUUUUCCUUCAUUAUUCUCAUUAUUAUAAAAGGAGGUUAUGAUUAAUUUGAUCAAUUUGAUCUCCUUGGUAUAUGCAUCGACUCCUUCAACGAAAGUCAUCAGUUAUACAGUAUACUCAUUGUAAGCACCAUCUCAGUUUGAACAUAAAGUGGACAAGAAUAUUGAUGAAAGGAGUAGCUCAGAAUUAGGGGCAAUGAUGUUUUUGCUGCUCAUUUCCUGUACGUGCAUAGGUUUAAUUCUUGUUAGUCGAGUAGGUGUUCCACUGCACAUUUUUCUCCAAGGUACUGAGUUACCGAUCAGUGUAUAAGAAUAAAUAUAAGAUUAACAGGUCUUCUAGAGUGUUGUUUGCCAUGCACUUCACUGUAAUUAAGGUUAUUACAGCUUUAAGGCAACUGUCUAAUUUUUUUUUUGUUCUGAUUGCUAGUGUUUUAAAAUUGGAUACAUACAUUUGACAUUCCAUUGGACUUUCCUUACAAAUAAGAUAUUUAGGAUUGAAAAAAAAAAAAAAAAAAUUCAUUAACAUCUACAUUUAUGUACUCUCCAAUAAGAAUGUCUAGUUGCUUGUCUGGCAAUCAUACAAGUAUCUGUGGUUGUAAAGUUAACAAGAUACAUCAUCUGUUGUUUUACAGGCAUGUGCAGAUAAGCAGGCCUGAUCAGUGGGCAUGUCCAAAAAUUAAUGUCGGGAUUGGGCAGACUACUGGCAGAACAUCUAAUUUGCAAAUGGAAUUGGUUGUUCAGGCAGUAGUUUCCCCACCUCUGAAGUCCCUUUCCAAGCAUGCUUCCUGAUCAGACUGGCUUGUCUGGAAAUACUAACAGUUUUUUGUUUGCUAGAAAUUGCAAACUAAUAUAAGUGCUUAAAGCAUUAACUGCAAAGCUUUCUUUACACACUCCUAUAAUUGAGUUCAAAAAGAUACAAUAAGUAACUUAGCCAUACUGUUUAACUUGUAUUGAUCAAGUUUGUACAAUUACAAGUUUUUCAUAUGCAUCCAUUUAUGCAUGCAAAAUUCUUAGCCUGAUUAAUUUCUAUAGUAAAUUAGAAAAGCUGCUGUAAGUCCUGUCCACAUAAGUGAGCAGUGUCUUGUGAACACAAUCAAAAAUUCAUUUCACUAACUCGCAAGAAAAUUAUUAUGCAAGAGCUGGAGUGAAAGCACUAGGCAUUGUCCAUACACAGUGUAGUGUUGUACUGCCAGACAUGAUAUUUGCCAUUCUAAUUGUCAGUAAUAUCAAGUAAGUGGUAAUAUUUGUAUUUACAUAAACAGAAGUAAUUAGAAAAGAGGAUAGCAUUUCUUGAUAUUGAUAAACCUACAUUAUUUAAUGAAGGGGAAGAGGGCAUACAGUGCAGGGAUUAUGGAAAGCAAACCCCACCAGACUUUGGCCAGACACUGCUACAUGGACAACAACAACUGUGUCUACAGACUUUCUCCUGUGGCAGAGAGACAGACUACAGACUCCUGUUCAUUUGCAUGGACAGGCUAUAAGUACUGGCAUGCCACUUGGUUUAUAGAUUGUCAGGCAAGUGCACUGUGGAAAUAAAAGCCCUGAUUAAGUACAGCUUUAUGUGAGGAGUGUACUUGUUCAGAUGAGACUAUAUCUAUCUCUGUGUAUGCUAUAUCCUCUGAAUGCACUUUAAAAUGUUCAAAAUAUAAAGGAAACUAAAGUCAGUUAGCUUAAAACUACUUUUUAAUUAUGUCCUCAAAUUACACAGCCUUAAAUAGGGGUAUACAGCCUCUCAUCAAUAUAAGUAAUCAACAGAGAAAAAAAAAAUAGAAAAAAAAUUAUCAACUGGGGUGAAAAACACUAAAGUUAGAUGGUUGCCUUAAAUCUUUUGUUGUGCUUUAUUUAUAUUUUGUACAGGUGUUUAGCUGCUUGUUAUGGUAUUUUUAAUAUAUAUAUAUAUAUAAUAGAUAACCUUUCGAGUAUUAAGUUACUUUGUAAUCUUGUGGUUAUAAUAGCAAUAUAAAAUUUUUCAGAUCCAUUCCAAAAUUAUAAUAUUUUUUGGCAGAAAAAGUAGCUGUAGGCCAGGCAGAUAUAAACAAUUGUAAUGUGCUUAAUAGAUAACAAACUUAGAGAAAAAUGUGUUUUCAAAACAUGUCACACAAUUCAAAUUACUGUAUCUUCCUCUUAUUUAGAAAACUGUAUUAGUAGUAAAGUGAUGCAGAAAAUAACAUAUAUGGGAGCAACACAACCAGGUGUAGGUGCACUCAGAGUAGUUACAAGAAGAAUGGGUAUACUGCUGCAGUCUGUAUGCUUUUGCCCGAGUGAAUAUUAAUGAACUUCUUUGCUUUCAAUAAUAAGUAUUUAUGUGCUUGCUUAUUAUGAAACUAUGAGAAGAAACAAGGUAUAUUUUUUUCUUUCUUGAUUGUUUGUAAAUACUGCAUUUCUGUGUAUAGAUGAUCCAACUGGAAAGUAGGAUAAACACACUGUGUUCAUUGUAUUUUGUCAGUUACUGGUUACAGGAGAUAGAUAUAAUUGUAAGAUUGCCUAAGUAUCAAGAGUAUUGAUUAUUUUACAGGAGGUGUAUGUGAAUAGUCUAUGAAAUAUGUUUAUGGAUUUCAAAAACAUUUAUUCUAUAUUUUGAUUUAUUGUAUUUCCUUUUUGUUGGAAGGAUAUUUAAUGAUCCAUGAUUUUUACCAGAGGAAACAAUAAAAAUUUAUCUUUUUCUUUCUAUAACUAAGGUUAAAUAGAUUAUUUGUAUGUAUUGUUUUGUUGUAUAUGUGUGGGUGAUUAUUAUUCAUUACAUAUGUUGAGUUCAGAUAUAGGUUUCUUAUUGAUACUUUAUGAAAAAUUUUGCACUGUAAAGAUUAUCAGUUUGUACCAGUGAGUUUAAAGAAAAUAUAAUUUGUGUUGUUUUCAGAUGACAGGAAAUUCAUGGCUUCCUUUAGCUAAUAAAGUAAAGAGUGGC